UUGUACGCCAGCAAAUGCGGGUAUCAGGCUUAGCCUUGGCUAAGCGUCUGGAUGGUCAGUUAGUCGAUGGCAAACCAGACGUUGCCAGACAUCGGUGAACGGCUAAAAUCAGAUGCGACCGCUGGUCGAUGCUCCGACGAGUAGUAGAGUAGUAAUAGACGAGCACGUGGGUGUGCACGAGAGUUGUCAUUCAUGAAACCAUAACGGAGUAGCAGCAAUUAAGUUUGUGCAUAUAAGAUGUAUCAGUGAGGCAGUGAUUGACAGUGUGUUGCUUCUACGAAAAGUGUGCCGGGAAGCGUAUGUUGCUCCCUUUGAAAUUCGAUCGACCUAAGGACAGCUGGGAGAGAGCCCUUGAAAGGGGAUGCUCUGAAAAGGUGCAUUUGUGUGCUCGCAUAAGAGUGAAAGGCCAUCCAGACAGUUCGAGGCAUGGCGAAAUACUGGCUGAACGUGGCCCUUCUCAGGGUCGUUCUACCAGUUAUUUUGGCCGGAUGUACGAUAUGGAGACCAGUGGGACUGUCGAUCAUCUAUCUGGGAUUGAUGCUAUAUUCUCCUAUGGUCCCAAUACCGACACACAGAACUAUGGCAGGUCACACGGGAAUAUAUCUGAAGAGUUGCAUCUGCUUAGCUUUUAUUAUAGCCAUAGCUCAGAUCACCUUUCACAUUGUUCUCCUGUCAUUACCGCCCUACGGACACUUCCUGCAAAACUGCGAAUUUCUAGAGAAGAUUUUCAGACACAUAGGCUUUGUCAGAUUAGAUAGCGCAUCUGUAUGGGAAGUAUUUUACUGGCUGACGCCGGAAUUUAUAGUCUUACCGACUGUACUCAUCAUAUAUUUUAUAUGUCGUUUUCUUACGCAAAAACGUGUUAGCGAGGAGGAAGAUGAUCCUUCUCUUCGCCAGGAAAAUAAGCAGAAAAAAACGGAAGAUAGCACCACGAAGAUAAUCAACUUCCUGGGAGGUAUCGGAACCUACGUCGUCCUGGCGUCCUUGUGCUGUGUCGCGGCCUUGAGACCAUCAAUAGAAGCGGCUUUCUACUUCCUGGUGUUUCUCGGCGCCGCCACAUGCUGGGCUUGCAAUAAAGAAUUGCAAAAAAAAUUUGCCGUGAUUUGUAGAAUUAUCAUGGUUAUCGUAAUCAUUCAUAUCGUCGCGUUACUCGCCUAUCAAAACGAGUGGCCUCAGGAAAUUAUUCCCGUAUCAAGCGCUUGGUCACGUUACUUGGCCCUUGUUGCAGUUUAUCACACAAACUGCACUACCGAUCCGAGGGAUGUGAAAUAUACAGAUGAUGCUGAUUGGUUAAUUUAUGGAUACGCUUUGAGACUCUUCUGGCUGUAUUACGUCCUCGCAUUGCAAUCGCAGUUUCUCAAUAGGAAACCGGCGAAGAAAACGAACCAAUUAAGUGGCAGUCUGGAAAAUCUGGACACUGCAUUGUCCAGACACGUGUCCAUCAGACGCAGAACACCUUCCCAAAGAUGGCAAUCAGCGCGACGUAAGGCUCGCAAGCCGGUCGUAGAUUCGUCGUUACCAACAAUCGAUGAGCGAACACCUUUGAUGCGGUUUGGAUCUGGAAGAACGGGUCUUCUUCAAGAUUCUACUACUGGAAGUAUCAUUGUCCAGGACGGUCAUCAGGACGACAGCAUACAAAUGCAAAGUCUCAGUGAAGGAGUGCCUGAUGAGAUGCCAGGUAUCGUCGAACAAAUAAUUAUGGCAGUAUAUUCCAUCUUUCAAUUAAUAGUCAAUUCAUCAUAUUUAGCUACAAACAUAAUAAUGAUGACAUGGAGUAUAAUGUAUCACAGCUGGGCGACAUUCGUUCUACUUCUAUGGGCAUUAAUUUUAUGGAUGGUUCCUGAUAAACGUGCUUCCAUGAUGAAGUGCUCUCCCUUCAUUGUGUUUUAUGCAACUCUUCUACUCCUCGGACAAUAUGUGUAUAGUAUGGAUUUAAACGACGAAGAAUUGCCAAGAGUCGUAAGUGGUGUAGAAAUUUCUGAAAUUGGCUUCAGCAAAGCCGAUGAGCAAAGUCGUUGGCAUCUAAUAGUUAAGUGUCUAUUUAUAUCCAUGUUUUGGAUUACUAUGAGACAAUAUAUGGCAGAACGAAAACGGCAACAGAGAUCUUCCACUCUGAGGGAUAUGGUAGCGCCGUUACACGUGUCUGUUUCGACAGCCACAACUGCCAUGAGUCACGAUGAGCCAGAAAUCAAGAGCAAAUUUAUGAAAAAUGUUGGAAAAUUAUUGAAAAAUCUCUUGACAAAAUUCUGGAUUGCCGUGGUAGCAAUUAUGUUAUUUAUUUGCGGCAUAACGGGCGAACGUAUGACGGUCUUUAGAAUUGUUUACAUGUCGCUGUUCCUCAUCUUUGUCAUCACAUUCCAGAUAUCGUGGAUAGCGUGGAGAAGAAUGAUGUAUGUAUUCUGGUUAACUGUCAUUGGAUAUUCGAUUGCCAUGCUGAUUCUCGUUUAUACUUAUCAGUUCCAAAAUUUUCCGAAAUAUUGGGAUUAUCUCGGUAUAGAUCAAGAUUUACAAAUGGAUAUUGGAUUGGAGAUCUACGAGACCAAAGACUUAUUCGUGAGAUUGCUGACGCCAACGUUUUUCGUCAUCAUCACAGUACUUCAGAUUCAUUAUUUCCAUAAGGAUUUCCUCAAUGUCACCAAUAUUGACAGAUUACAGCCUGAAAGUUCAUUUAGGCGUUCCAGUCUAGGACACUCGCCUAGCUUAAAUAUUCCAAUAACUUCACCGUCUGAUGUUACGCUUACUGAAAACGAAAAUCAUACGAUAUAUACAUUGAAGCAGUUGAAACAUAUGUCAAAACUAGAAAGAAUUGAGCUAUUUCGAAGAAUAGCGGAACAUAUAGAAAAUUUUUACAAUUACACUUGGCUCUUUCUGGAAAUUCACAUGCAGAAAAUUAUUUUUAUUUCAUUCGUACUCUUGUGUAUCAAUGAUGUAUGCGCAAUAAAUUUUUUCUUCAUCGUCGCCGUAGUUGUGAUGAUCAAUUUCAAAAGAAACAUCCAAAUAAAUGCAAUUAAUGUUAUGUCUGUGAUAAUAUCACUAUUAGUGGUCACCAAAAUGUUAUAUCAAAUCAAAUACAUCAAUCAUGAUAACUGGAACGUUAACUGCACUAGAUACGGAGAAGAGAGCAAUCAGCAAUAUGCAAACAAUAAUACUACUGUCUACAACAUAGCCGAAUGGUUCGGGAUGAAAAAAGCGGGGCCGGGUAGACUUCCAGAUCUAUUAAAAGGCUAUAUUGGCAUCGUUACUGUGACAACUUUCAGAAAAAUUAUUAGAAUUCGUCAAUGGUUUUAUCGUCAUAGUAAGGGAGAAUCAUUGGAAACUCCUCAAGUAAUGUUUCCGACAAUUACUAGAGCGGAUGCUGAUAAGGGGGUGCCAGAGUGCUUAAAGUUCCUUUUCAACUACGGUUUUUAUAAAUUCGGUCUUGAGAUGUGUCUCAUCGGGAUUGUUACGCUAAUCGGCACGAGACUAGACUUUUAUUCUGUUUUAUAUAGCGUGUGGCUGUUACUAUUUUUCCCAUUAAAGAGAAAAACAGUCGCGCGUAUCUGGCCUUGUUUUAGAAUGUUUGCCAUUAUUCUUCUACCUAUUCAAUAUGCUAUUGUUGUGGCUCCACCUUCAUGGCUUUGUAUAGAAUAUCCGUGGAGCGAGUCUGACGUAAUGAGAAGGUUGCAGGAAUGGAUGUAUCUUCCUGAUCCAGAUUAUCCACCGAAUUCCAAAAAAUUAAUUUGUGAUUUUAUCUUAUUAAUGAUGAUCGUACGGCAAAGUCUAGUCUUUUAUAUCGAACAACAAAGCUUACAAUCUGGCAGAGAUUUCGUAGCUGGUCACAAUUACUCAGUCUUCCAAGAUAUGGAAAAACCAAAUUUUGUCAAUCCUAUCAAGGAUUAUGUGUCGCAUAUUCAAUCAUGGCUGGACAUAAUUAAACGCGGUUGCAUGAUGAGUCUCAUGUGGGUGACGUUGUCGAUCAUGUUUCUGGCUGGAACGAAAAGAACGAAUCUUUUCUCGCUCGGUUAUCUCAUAGGAGCAUUCAUAUUUCUUUGGCAAGGAAGCGAUUUUUAUUUGAGACCGAUGAGAACUAUCUUAAAAUGGUGGAAUCUACUGAUCGGAUACAACGUCAUUGUUAUUUUUUUGAAAGCUUUACUUCAAGGUGUGGGUUGCGUCCUCAUCAAAGAGCUCGAAACCUCAGUCUGUUGGCUGGUGCAGUUGCUUGGUAUCGCGUGUCUGAAAAAGUUCAAGAGCUCCAGCGAACUGCUGGAUCCAGCAGAGUGUACCGUUGCUGGAGAAGAUAUUGGCAUGGUCUGGGAUGGACUAUGUCUUUGUUUUCUUUUAAUACAGAAACGACUCUUUAAAAGCUACUAUUUUUUCCAUAUAGUCGAUGAGACAAAAGCCAUGAGCAUUCUAGCGUCUCGUGGCGCUGAACUUCUCGAAGAGCUUCAUCAGAAGCGUAUACAUAUUCAAGAGAAUGUGGAGAAAACAGUUUUAGAAAAACUGAAAUUUAAAAUGGACAAGAUUAAGGCUAAUCAGCAAAGAAUACAGAGACCAGCUUACAGAGAACUUCAGGCUCACAAAGUCGAUGAACUCUAUCCAGGAACACGGCCAUUAUACAAAUAUCGUACGCCGAAGACUAACAGAGAGGCUAUCAGAUCGGGUGACUAUUACAUGUUUGACGAUCUCGAUGACGAUGAUGUUACCGAUUUGAUUCCUGACAGUGAAGCUGAGAACAAGGAAAAGAAACGCUUUCAAGAGCACGAAAAAGAACGACGAAGAAGGAGAAUGACUGUUUCGGAGUUGAUGAACACGCUGAUUAAGACAGACAUUGAAAUCGCGACGCACGUCGCCAUGUAUGGAGGGACCGAAAAGGACGCGCUGAGACUCCGACGUAGAAGCGUACCCUUGACUCGGAAGAAAUCAUCCAUGUCUUAUCUGAGCGCACGCUCCGAGACCGACACUGCCAUGGCUACCGAUGGUCCCGAUCGAACUAGUCUCACUUCGGUAGAAAUGAAAACAGACAAAGAAGCUACAGACUCGGAUAAAACACCGGAAUCUUCGGACGAAGAAGAAGAUAAAUCAGAAGACGAAACAGAUGACAAAGAAAAGGAAGAUCAGAAGAAAACUUCGUUCUUCACAUAUUUCAAGUUUCUUAUAGUGAUGAUCAACAGUACUCUAACAUCGAUGACGAAAUAUCUAAAUCGAUUCUCCUACGAUUACAGAUAUAUCCGCAAAGUUUUAGCAAGAGAGAAAAAAACUCUAAAGGCGAAACCAGAUUUUAGAAUGGGAACACGAUUAGGAAUCAAUCAAAUGUGGCAGCCAAUACCUCUAAUACAAGAACGAUUGACUACAAAUGGGAAUACGGAGGAAUCAUUUGAUCCUGGCGAAGGUCCCAGUCAACCGCGCUCACAAGAUAAAAAGAAGGAGAGCUCGCUAGCAGUGCCACAUAUCCGAAUUCUGGCGCCGAGUUUGGAGCGAGGAUUGGACAUGUCCUCCUCCAGCACACUUUUCGCGCAAGAUUUAGCAGCCCAACAAGACGAAGAAAUUAAAGAACUCUCAGAAGUGGAUCAACCUCCCAUCGUACAACUGGCAGCAUCUAUCUGGUUUGGAAUCCUGGCUCAUUCUAGUUUACUCUGUUACUUCAUGGUAUUUCUUCAUCAAAUUAAGAACGCAUCUGUACUGUCGACACCACUCCCGCUUAUGGUGUUUUUGUGGGGUUCUUUAACAAUUCCGCGACCCUCUAAGACUUUCUGGGUAACAUUGAUUGCAUACGUCGAGGCUAUUGUCAUAAUAAAAUGUAUUUUUCAAUUGGAAUUGAUUUCUUCACCACGAGUCCCACCAAGUAAUCCAUUAUACGUGCCGAGAAUUAUGGGAAUUUUAAAGAGACCUAAUUAUGCUCUUUGGGAUUUAUUACUGCUUCUUAUGUUAUUCUUUCAUAGAUUUAUGUUAAAAUCUUUGGGCCAAUGGACUUCAUCUUUAAAACAACGGAAAGUUAUACCUUCUCAAUUAACUGUAACGUCAAACUUACCUUCUUCAGACAAAGAACCAGAAGAAUCUGGCUCAAAGAAAGAAACCGAUUCUCAUGCAGAGACACUUCAAGAGCAAUCUUCGAACUAUGCAACGGACACACACGAUAGUCCACCGACAACAGACGAUAACCAGAGGAUCAUGGUGCAAGAAGAAGUGCAUCCUCACGGUGAAUCUUUUUCUAAAACAAUGGAUGUAACCGUUACUAAAUAUGCCGGACAUAAAAAUUUCUUCGAGAUAAUUAUCAAUCCGGCAGGCAAAGAGAAAACAAAUGUUUACGCUUAUAUGUUUCUUUGCGAUUUUUUCAAUUUCCUUUUACUCAUCUUCGGAUUCUCUGCAUUUGGAACUCAACAAGGCGAUGGUGGAGUGACGGCUUAUUUUCAGGAAAAUCGAGUUCCUAUGCCUUUUCUAUUAAUGUUGCUAUUGCAAUUUGCCCUAAUUGUCAUCGAUAGAGCCCUUUUUCUCAGAAAAUAUAUUGUAGGAAAAUUAAUUUUCCAAUAUUGCUUAGUAUUUGGUGUUCAUCUCUGGAUGUUUUUCAUUUUACCGAGCGUAACAGAAAGACAAUUCAAUGAUAAUGUUGCACCGCAAAUUUGGUACAUGGUAAAAUGCUUCUAUCUUUUAUUAGCAGCGUAUCAAUUACGACAAGGUUACCCAACUCGAAUACUGGGUAACUUUCUAUGCAAAAAAUACAGCAUUAUAAAUUACGUCUUAUUCAAAGGAUUUAUGUUGGUUCCAUUUCUUUUUGAACUUCGCGCAGUCAUGGAUUGGAUCUGGACUGAUACAUCUAUGACCAUAAUGGAUUGGUUUAAGAUGGAAGAUAUUUUUGCUAGUAUUUAUCAAAUCAAAUGCAUGCGAGGAGUCGAGUCAGAUUUUCCUCAGCCACGUGGAGAAAAGAAAAAGCAAAUGAGCAAGUAUUUAGUAGGCGGAAGUGCUCUUUUCCUCAUAAUCGGAUUAAUUUGGUUCCCACUACUCUUAUUUGCGCUUGGUAGUACAGUUGGCAUGUCGAAUUUACCUUACGAUGUGUCUAUGAAAAUACGUAUCGGUCCAUAUGAGCCCAUCUAUUCCAUGUCGGCGCAAGGCAGCUCUAUCAUCGAAUACACAGAAGAACAAUAUAAAACUCUUACAAAUAUAAAUUCGACGGACAGAUCGGCAGUCACUUUCUUCGAAAAUUAUAUUUAUUCUGAUGUAGCUGCAGUGAGAUUCAGCACUUUCUCGAAAAAACUGUGGAGUAUCUCUCCACCCGACAAAGACAGAUUGAAAACAGAAUUAGCUUCUAAUACUACGACAGUGAUUGUACAUGUGGAAUGGACAGUUUCAAGAAAAACGGACGCCAAGGAUGCUACUGGAGUCACUACGACAAUUCGUAAUGUAAAACUGCAGCCUUUAGAUCCUGCAAGACAAACAUUGGUGGAUAUACUAAAUGAAGAUCCUAAUGCAAUAAAUGCAACAAUAUUAUUCCAAAGCGCUUUUCCAAAAUUUCUCAAAGUCACCGCUAGAAGCACUAACGUUGUUUCACAAUUAAUGCGUUUACCGCAAAGAGAUGAAAAUGAUGAUGAUGACAGCUAUCUCUAUAGAAAUAUUAGUCUUCAAUUAUCGACAGACAAAGAUUGUUGCGCUCAUCAACAAUGGUGGAUGAUUCAUGAGACAUGCACCGACUAUCUAUACAAUGUUACUUUGAACCAGGUGCCACUAAACGAUUGUAAUAAAUACAUAAUGAUGUUUCUAUUCAACGACAAGGCUUUCCCCAAGGAAUUAAGCUUUAUAAGCGGCUUUGGGAUCCUCGGAUUAUACACUACAGCAGUAAUAGUCAUAAGCCAAAUGAUGCGGAAAAUCGUCAGUGAUAUGGCACCCAAGAUCAUGUUCGACGAUUUACCCUAUGUCGACAGAAUCCUUCGUCUCUGUUUAGAUAUUUAUUUGGUUCGCGAAAGUGGCGACUUAUGCCUCGAAGAAGAUCUGUUUGCCAAAUUAAUCUUCCUCUAUAGAUCGCCAGAAACACUCAUCAGAUGGACAAGACCACCUGAAGAAGGGGAGCGAACUGAUAAUGAAGAUCAAGAGGAAGAAGAAGAGGGACAAGAAGUAGAAAGAAGACAAGCAGCACCAUCCCAUCGCAAUUGAAUUGUCAGAAAAACAGAUUCUUAAAUAAUUAAUCUUUCGCAAAUAGAUCUUUCUGCAAAAUGGAUUUUUUUGUAAAAUAAUUAUAAGCAAGACAACAAAAAGUUAUCGUGAGGGCUAUUUCCAGAAAUUGCAUUAUUAAAAAAUACAAACAAAUAGACGCACACUUUCUGUUUAAGAUUGCCAAAAAAUUAGAUAUUAAAAGAUACAUAAAUUUGCAUUAUUUUAUAAUAAAUUUGUUGUUCGCGCAUGCUAGCAUUUUGUUUUUCAUAUAGCUUUCAAUUUUGUUUCAUGAAUAUUCUUUGUUAGAAAAUCACUAACAAUAAGUCUCUCGGAAAUGAAAUUUGAAAAAAGCUCAAUUACUAGAUGUUGCUAGAAAAUCAACUAUAUUCGACCAAAGUUUUGUGAGCCUGACAUUCUGCAAAAAUGUCGCAUUAUCUGUUAAAAAAAUAUAUAAAGAAUUAAUACAUCUAGAAAAAAGAGAGAAAGGGAGAAAGAUAUCUCAUUGUAAUAAUUUAGAGUACCUUCUAAUUAUAAAUAAUGUUAUAGAACAUAUUUUCAAGUAACAUAUAUUACGCACAUAUUUUCAAACUUGAAAAAAAAACAAACAAUUUUAUCUAAAAAAGAAUUCAGGAAUUUAAUUAUAUAGAGCCUAUUUGUUAUAAAACAAAAAGUAAUAAAGUGAUUAUUCUUAUUUCACAAAAGUAUAUAUCAAAAUAAUUAUAUAUUGGAUGUAGCUACAUGUAUGAAAAAAAUGCAUAAAAAUAUAAUUAUUUAGCAUUUAAGUAAUUUAAGUGCUUAAAAUAUAUCCGAUCGGAAAUAAGUAUAACUUAGUUAUAAAGAUUAAAGAAAAAAAUAUAUAUUUGAUCAUUAAUAAAUAAGUAUAAAAAUAA